AUGGCAGGACCGCCGCCACCCAGGUCGGCGGAGAAGCUGCCAGGCGAUGUGGACCGCCUCUUUGAAGAGCACAGCGUGCGCGACAUAAGGGAAUACGCUGAAAAUCUGUCGCAGCAGGCACACGCAAAGCAGCAGGCAGUGCGAACGCUCGUAGGUGAUCGUUUUCACGACCUGUUGAGCGUCUCGCGUACGGUCGUCGAUAUGAGUGACCAGCUUGCAGUACUACGUCAAACCAUCGAUAUGUUGCUAAGUACCAGCAGUGAUGUGGCACGCCAGCAUGCAAGUCGUGCGAAUGAAGCUCUCCCAUUGCAGGGGGAGGCAUCUGACGUCGAAUCGGCCGCCGCCAUGUUGUUGGUAGCUGAUGCGCCAGAGACGAUUCGCUCGGCCCUCAAAUCACACGCAUUUAUUCAGGCGGCUUGGUCGAUCAUUUUCGCGGGAAAGGCGUGGACAUGGAUCAAGGAAAGGCUCGAUAUGCAGCAAUUCCCUAUGCUGGUUUCACAAUGGGCGGAUGUUCAGGCCCUGCGUAAAUACGUUCUCACGCGUAUCGAUGUGUGCAUGCAGCAGGCUGGUAUGCAUACAUCCUACGUAUUGGAUGUGAUGCUGGCCUACAUCUUGUUGCAGCAUGUGUCGCUUGCCUCGGCGCUGUCUCACUUUCACGCACAGCGCGUCAAGGCGGCCCUGCGGACAUGCACGGAGGGUGAGUACGAUCAUGCCGACCGCCUGCAGCGACUUCUGAGAUCUGUGACGCGAACGCUACAUCAUACACAUGAGCUGUGGGCCCGGCCAAGUCUUUCACGUAUCCUUUCACACCUGAGCAGAGCCUUUUUCGAGCUGGGAGCGCCGCGAUCUCAAAAUUUGUCCUUCGCUCCAGUGGCGGCCCGAGACUUUUAUGCGCAUGUUCCUAUGCCCGUCCAGGCAUAUGAGCUGCCGCCGAUGCAGGAGACGCUGCCCGAGUCGGACAUAUAUCACUACAAUGAGAUGUUUGUACGGCGUGUAUGCUCAGAACUGGAUUCGGUCUUGUCAUUUAUAACAACAGAACAUCGGCUCGAUUCGCUAUUGCCGUGUCGUGACAGGCUAAAGGCAUGUGUACAGAAUAGCCCAGCCCUCUCGAUCUUGGAAGCGCGUUUGUCCGAUAUACUCGUCACGCAGGUCCGUCACAUCCUGCAACAAAUGCUGUCGGAUGUGCCGAGGAAAUUUGCCGAGGCACUGGAGCAAGGGAAAAAAGAUACGAAUGCGAUGCACGACCUGUUCACGGCAGAGAAUGUGCCGCCCACACACUGGAGAACUGUGCGCACCGCUGGUAUGGAGGCAUGCAUCUCGCUCGUCGAGACGCGCCUGCGCCGUAUUAUGUGCAGCAACGAGGACGUCACGGCCUCGCCCGUGCAUGAGACUUGCAUGAUCCUAUGUGACGAGCUCAUGCAGGCAGAUACGUCGACGACGGAACAGAUGCACUGGCUCCUGCGCGUUUGUGUGGCCCUGUAUACCAGUCCUGUGCUCACACAGAUGCUGUCCCGCACAUUCUUUGAACGACUCGCGGACAUCUACAUGGAACUGGGCACCCGCUGGGCCCAUGCCUGUGUUCAGCAUGUGGUGAGCAUGGAUCGAGGCGCGAUGCCAAGCUUGCUUAUGCUUGCGCAUGAGCUGCACACGCUCGGACCGAGUCCGCUGCCGCCUCCGCCUGUAUGGGACGAAUGGGCCCGGCAGACGCACAGGGCGCAUCGCGCUUCACCGACACAGCAGCCCAUGCCAUGGCAAGCGAUUCUGGAGGCCGAGGAUAUCGACACGAAUCGCGUGCGUCUAAUUCUAGCUCCGUGGAUCUUUACGCAUGGCCAGCCGCACCAAGCCACAGCGCGACGCGAUAGCCCAGCGCGUGUAGCGCGUGUAGCGCCCCCCUUUAUCAGUUGGUAG